GCAAGCGGGUAGCGCUGGGAUGUCACUGGAAUUACGCGAUUGCUGACUGCGUUAGGACUUGUGACUCUUAAAUGAAAAGAGAUUGACCGAUACUGACAAGCGAACAUAUGGAGAGUGGCAAGCUCGAGGGGCAUGCAGGUUAUCUCCUUCUGGUCACGCAGCUCUGUCUCUGAAGAUCUGGGUUGCAAACGUGGAGAGUUUAGCAGAAAGCAUUACGGAUCUGUGGAGCUUCUUAUAUCUAGUGAUGCUGAUGGAGCCAUUCAAAGAGCUGGACGGUUCCGUGUGGAAAAUGGCUCCUCUGGUGAGAAUACAGACUGCGCUCCAGGUACAUGGCACAGGACGGAUGUGCAUUUGGAAAACCCGGAGUAUCAUACAAGAUGGUACUUCAAGUACUUUUUAGGGAAAGUUCAUCAGAAUUACAUAGGUACAGAUGCAGAGAAGAACCCUUUCUUUCUGUCUGUUGUACUGUCUGACCAAAAUAAUCAACGCAUUCCUCAAUACCAUUCAAUACUUUGGAGAAAAACAGGUACUCAAAAGAUAUGUCUCCCUUAUAGUCCCACAAAAACCUUAUCAGUGAAAUCUAUAUUAAGUGCUAUGAGUCUUGAUAAAUUUGAGAAGAGCCCAAGGGAAAUUUUUCAUCCUGAGAUACAAAAGGAUUUAUUGGUUCUUGAAGAGCAAGAGGGAUCUGUGAAUUUUAAAUUUGGAGUCCUUUAUGCUAAGGAUGGUCAGCUUACAGAUGAUGAAAUGUUCAGCAAUGAAACUGGAAGUGAAAGCUUUCAACGAUUUUUGCAUCUCUUGGGUGACACAAUUACUUUGAAAGGCUGGUCAGGCUACAGAGGAGGACUGGACACUAAAAAUGACACAACAGGGACCUGUUCCAUCUAUACAGUUUUUCAAGGGCAUGAAAUUAUGUUCCAUGUUUCAACCAUGCUACCAUAUUCUAGAGAGAACAAACAGCAGGUAGAAAGGAAGCGACACAUUGGAAAUGACAUUGUCACUAUCAUAUUUCAGGAAGGUGAAGAGUCUUCUCCAGCAUUCAAGCCAUCCAUGAUUCGCUCUCAUUUUACACAUAUUUUUGCUUUAGUGAGAUACAAUAAGCAGAAUGAUAGUUACAGGCUGAAAAUAUUUUCAGAAGAAAGUGUUCCUCUCUUUGGACCUCCCCUUCCAUCCCCGCCUGUGUUUACAAAUCACGAGGAAUUCAGGGAUUUUGUGCUAGUGAAACUAAUAAAUGGUGAAAAAGCCACCUUGGAAACACCAACAUUUUCCCAGAAACGUCAGCGCACUCUAGACAUGCUGAUCCGCUCUUUGUACCAAGACAUGAGUCCUGACCUGCACAGGGGAAAUAACAUGCUUAAUAGAAGAUCCUUCAGCGAUGUGUUACCAGAGUCCCCAAAAUCAACACGGAAAAAAGAGGAAGCUCGACAAGCAGAGUUUGUUCGGCUUGGUCAGGCAUUGAAAUUGAAAACCACUGUGAAAGGGGAUACCACAACUAACUUGGCAACUGCAGGCUAUUGUAAAAAGGAGCCUUGGGAAUCUCAGUCUUUCUGCAGUAAUUUUCCUCAUGAGGUUGUCUGUGCAGAUUCUUGGGGCCAGUCCUUGCUGGUUUCUACAGAUGCUGGCAUCUUGUUAAUAGAUGAUGGUCGACCAUCAGUACCAGUAUUUGAUAAAACUCUCCAAAUAAAGCAGAUGAAUGUGUUGGAAGCUCUGGAUCUUUUGAUUGCCCGAACGGACAAAGGGAAAGACUCUCGUAUCCUUGUCUUCAGACUCAGUGCUAUCCAAAAAGCUAUAGAGACUAAAAAAAUGAUAAGAAGCAAAUAUGACUGCAGAGAAAAUAAACUGGAGAGAACAAAAGGCUGCCAUUUGUAUGCCAUUAAUACUCACCAUGGAAGCGAACUGAGGAUUGUUGUGGCUAUUCGGAACAAACUGCUUCUCGUCACAAAGAAAUAUAUCUCACUCAGCAUUUUAACCAGCACCUCUCUGCUGUCAUCUCCUGAAUCUCCAGUAGAGGAGUUCCAGUACAUCCGGGAAAUCUGCCUUUCUGACCCUCCAGUGGUUAUGACGCUGGUGGAUGGCCCUACUGGAGACAGUGACAACAUGAUCUGUGUGGCAUAUCGGCAUCAGUUUGAUUUAGUCAAUGAGAGCACAGGGGAAUCCUACAGAUUGCAUCACGUUGAAGCAAACAGGGUUAAUUUUGUUGCUGCUAUUGAUGUAUAUGAAGAUGGUGAAGCUGGUCUAUUGUUGUGUUAUAACUAUAUUUGUCAAUACAGAAAGAUAUAUCCUUUCAGUGGAGGUUCUUCACUGGUCCAGCCGUCAGUUUAUGACUUCCACUUCAGCUGGAAUCAAGUUCCUUAUGCCGUUGUCUGUGCUUUCCCUUAUGUUCUUGCCUUCACUACUGAUUCCAUUGAGAUCCGCUUAGUGGUGAAUGGGAACUUAGUCCACACAGCAGUUGUGCCUGAGCUUCAACUUGUAGCAUCAAGGUCGGAUAUUUAUUUUAAAGCUACUGCUGCAGUAAGUGAAUCAUCUGACAGCACCUCUAAGGAAAUGAGUUCAAAGAGUUCUCCUCAAACACUGAGAGCUUACGAAAAGCCAGAAUUUCCUCUUCCGUCUCUAGAAGGUGAAGUUCCAUGCAAAAACCUGUACAAAAUACCUCUCAGCAAUCUGGUUGGGCGAAGCAUUGAACGACCUCUGAAGUCACCUUUGGCUCCCAGGGUCAUCACUCCUACGACGUUGAGUGGCUUUACCUCUCUUCCAUCUACGCACUCACUGUCUUUGUCUCGUAUGGAAAUUAAAGAGAUUGCAAACAGAACACGUAAAGAAUUGCUGGGCCUCUUGGAUGAGCCUAUACCCAAGACAGAAUGUGCACAGAAGUUAAAAAAGAUUCCUCGAAGACAGUCAGACCCCAAGCAGGGAGCUGUAAGAUCGUCGAGUAGCGACAGGAUAAUCUCAAGCUCAUUUGAAGGUUAUUCUGAAAGAUGUCAUCUUUCCACUAGUUCAGAUCCUGACACUGUAGCAAACAGGGAGGAGAGCUCACCAUCUAGCUCUCCAUUUCAGCUGAUUUCUUUAGAUGAUGAAGACAUCAUUGACUUAAAAUGAAGACACUUGUAAAACCUUUCUUCCUUACUUCACAUUUUCUUACGACUCUGUAAGCUCUAUGGCAAUGUCACAAACACUGCUUCUGGUGGUAAAACGUGGCUGGAAGUACUGGUGACAAAUCCUUAUGGGACCCAUGUUCUGGUUAGCAUAGCCUGGUUUGGUGAUGUUAUAUCUUUGACAUAGGUAUGUUUUCUCAGUUAAUGAAGCAUUACUUUUCAUGGCAUUUUAACAGUAGGUAAUAAAUGAGAGAUUUAGGCUGAAACUGAAGUAAACAAAAAAUAUUACUUGUUCUAAGCUUCUUAUAAUUUGAUUUACCUAAAUGAGGUGCAGCAAAGUUAUUUGCUGUUAUUAAUUGUCAUGAGUUGUUUUACAACAGUGUAUGUCAUGUUGGAAGAGGAAUUUUGUAACACAGAUCACUGCUUUUGGUUUUUUCGAUCUUGAACAAAACAACAACAACAAAAGGCUUGCAGAUUAGGUAAUUUCAAACAGUGCAGUCACACUAACUUGAUGCAUCUGUGGUAUGUUCACUGAAGAAUCAAAUGAGAUAUGAAAAUGGUGCUUCCUUUGCUCAUUGUUUAGAGAAACUUGAAAACUCUUUUGGCAUAAAUAAUCCCUGAGCAGAGAAACUUUCUGUAGGAAACACAAACUUUCAGAAUAUUUCUCAAAAAUCGGAAAUUAAAAAAACCAAGAAAACCCACAAACAAACAAAAAAUGGCAAACCAAAAACCCCAGUCCAUCUACUGGAAAGCUCUUAUUGCAGUGCAUCUGCAGCUUUUUCCAUUACAAGCAGAAGAGCCAACCCCACUUGUCUUUGACUGCAAAAAGAUUCUUAUGCAGACAUCACAGCUGUUGUCUGCCCUUACACCAACAGUGUAAGUCAUUAUUUAAUAUAGUUGUAUUUGUUCAACUGGAUGCAGACCAAAAUUUCAUUCCUAAUAAGCUAGUAGUCUAUGGUUAAAUAGUCAUCUUGUCUCUUACUGUGUUAAAAGACAGGGGUUUGUAUUUAAAUUUUGAUUUUUUUUUAACCCUUUUCCCUACAACAACCUUUGCAAGGAUUUUGUUUGAUUUUUUUUUAUGAAAGCCUUUCUAUAUAUGAUGUUUUUAGCUUUAUUAGCAAGGGUGUCUUGUUCUAUAUGUAGAACUAAUUCUGUAUCUUUGAUUUCAUUUCCUAAUAUUACUCGUAUGUCAGUAUUUCCUUUUUGUUCAAGUAUGAUCAUCUGAAGAUGUGUGCCUUUUGCUUCCAGCUGUCUGAAUGCAAAACUGGCUUUGCAAAGUGAUUUUUUUCCCCCUCAGUUUAUUCCAUGUAAUGGCUGAAUUGCUUCACUUAAGAAAAUAUUCAAGGUCUUAUCUGAAAGCGUAAUUUCUUAUUCUCAACUGGAGUGGCUAAUCAAUAGAAAAAGCAGUAUUUUCAACAGUAAUUAGUCUUGGAGCAGAAAGCUAUUAUUUUGCACUCAGAUGUGUGGGGUGAACCUUAAUAGGCAUCUAAAAGGAAGUACCAGAUCAGUUUUUUCAAAAACGUAUAAUUAUUUUUUGAGAAUGUUGUCUCCAGAGAUUGUGUUGCUUUACCCUGUCCUUAUUUAUUUGGACAAUUAAGGUUAAAAAAAAUCAAUCUGAAAUUACCACGUGGUACUUAUUUUCCUGGAAGUUGCAAACACUUCCGAAUCCACUUUUAGGGUCACUGCUAGCACUUACGUAUUUUUAGAAAGGAAAAGAACCAGGUUUUUCCAUAACAGCUUUCUCAAUGUUGUAUUUGAUUUCUGAAUUGUGGCUAUUUUUGAAGACUGUACCAGUGUGUUUAACUGGGGCUUUUAUUAAAAUUUUAACUGGAAUCUUUGCUUUACCCUGUUAGAAUAUCAGAUUUUAAAUAUACUGCAGAUGUUCACCUGUGGUAUUACAGCAUGAUUUAAAAUGAUUAACCAUUGUUUGAUAGCAGUUGAAGCAAUAUAUGGACAUUUUAAUACUUGUUUUGAAGAACCUGAACAAACACAUGUUUAGAUAUCCUGAAGGACUAGCCUUAGAGAUGAAGCACUAGGGAGAACAAGAAAAAUGAGAAGAGCUUGAUAGAAAGCUUGAAUACUGGCUAUGAUGGUAGUCAGAAUGCAUCUAGAUACAGCAUUUGCAUUAUAACCUGAACAGCAUUACAGAACAAAGGGCUAUAAAGCAAGACUUAUUUUCUUGAACCAGAAGUGCAGCAGUGGCUGUAAAGUAUUACCAUGAAUUAAGAGAGUGCUGGAGGGGUGGGAGUUUGUGUGUGUGUGUGUGUGAGAGAGAGAGAGAGCCUUUGAAGGUCUGCCUGUAAUUACAGCAUUGAUGACAUCUAGCAAAGGAACUAUAAGGAGUACAGAUAGUGGAUUACUGGAGCUAGACAAAAACAGAUCAUACUGGCUCUGUGGUACAUAACUGGAACAAGAUGUUGGGAUCCUUUGAAGAGGGAAGCCCAACAACUGCAUCCGCGCCCACUUCCCACACACUUUUGUGCUAUAGUUUGACUUAAUGGGUCAGGUGCAAGCUGUUAUGCAAGUCACACUAGGAACUACCAGACCUUAACUGACCACUACUCAUAUAGGACAGGAAGGAGCUGAAUCCGGGAAAAAAAUUGAUACCUUCGUUCUUAAUGUAUCCAGUAAGUGCCUUAACAAGGCUUCGACUUCUUGAGUUUUCUGUACUUAAUCAGAGUCAUAGAGGGAUAAUAUCUAAUAUGGCAAAAGAAGUAGAGAGUGAUACAACAUUUAGUUUAGUGUUAUAUUAUGACAUCUAGAGAUGGUAGCUGAGUCAUGUAUAUGUAGUUUACUACUUACUUACUGUAUACGAGUAGCCCAGAGCAUAGGUAGAAGGCAGAGAACAUGGAAAUAAUAUCCAAUUUAUUUGACACAAGCCACAGGAAUCAAUCUUUAUCACAUUUAUUAUAUCAAAAGACCAAAUACCAAGACAAUCAUGUGAAAUUGCUGGUGUAACAGGAGAAACUUCUGAUCAAAAGAUCAUCCUUACCAUUCAGACUGCUAAUUAAAAUCUAGAGGCAGUUGGUGGUAUUGAUACGUAAGCUUUUGUGCAUCAUUUAUAAAGGGCAGAGUUCUCACACAUCCGUGGAAGCCUUCUUAAGCCUGGUGUAAGGUAACAAGGCUUGUUGGAAGGCUGCUGAGGUGCCUGUAGUGUCAUUCACCCUUGCCUUGGAGCCAUGUUGUUUGCCCUCUGUUUUUCCAGCGUGUGCAUGCAUAUACUCUCUAAAACUUAAAAAGUAGACUUAGGCACAAAUUGCAGCCAUGACCAGUGUAAGCAUAAUCCUUCCUCCUUUCACACCGAGUGUUAAAGCUCCCUGUAGGCUGCACUCUGGAUGCUGGCUGACCCUCUCAUGGUUAGGAGAAAACAUAACCUUUGAAUCUACAACUAUGUAAAAGAUGGGUGGUGUUCUAAUAGGAAAACUAAAAAAUGUUGCUACAGGUGGAUGGAAGGAAUGUUUUCAUGAAGGAAGAAUUGUUACCAGAUUGAACACUUGCUAUCCAGCUAAAUUUAACUGAAGGCCCAUUCUGGACUCUUGGCUAAGUUUCUGCAAGAAAUACUUUCUAUCUCAGUGUGCUGGAUUUGUUGUCAGCAGCAGGGCUCUUAACUCCUUCUGGCUAAAUGGCACUGGUCACCACUUCUUUCCUGUGCCUCAGUCUGACUAAUUACAGGAAUGUUAUUUACAUUGGUGCAAGCAUUAGAUUGUAUGGGUAGUUAAUUUAGAAUGUACUUGUGUGUUCUCAACAGCAUGGGUAAUGAUGCAUGGAAGCACAAAACAGUUGAGGGUAGAAGGGACCACUGUGUUACCAUCUAGUGCAGUACACACACCCAUGCACCACCAUUCAAAAAUCUGUUCAAAAUGGAUAUGCAGCAUUUUGAGCUACUUGUCAUCUUUGUCCUGCCUUUGAAUUACAGCCUGCAUAUAAACCAUCACCACAACUCUGAAGUGUGACUAGGACUCAAGAACCUCCGGACACAUAAGCUAAGUUAAUUCUUUCAGACUUAAACACAAUAUGGAGCCCUUAAGGCUGAGGCUUUGAUGAACCCUUCCCAGAGUCCCUAAAGCCCAGUUUGGGCUUUAGAAACCAGUAGAGACUAAGAGACUUUUUGGUCCAGUUCCUUAUUCUAGUGGCAAUGCAUUACACAUAAAUAUUUUAUAUGUGUUUGAAAGUAACAAAACACUUCCUUCUAAAAAGAAACAAAGACCCACAUGCAAAUUGAAAGGGCUAUGGCUAUUCAUGGUAGCCAGAGAACUACUCUCUAGAUUCAGUGAAUGCAUGCAUACAUUCAGUUUCGUGGUUUGCAGAGAAGUAAGGCCUGUUCUAAUUACAGUCCUUUACUGCUUUGGGGGUGUGGCAGGGAUUCUUGUUUGUUUUGGUUGUGUGGUUUCUUGAAGCUGGGCGUGUGUGUGUGUGGG